CCCACUCCGGCAUGAGGCCGCCCCUCAUUCUCUCAAGCCCCUCAUUCCCUCAAGCCCGUCGUUCUCUCCAAUGCUUGCAGAUGAUGCUUGCAGAGGAGGAGGAGGAGGAGGAGGAGGAGGAGGAGGAGGAGGAGGAGGAGGAGGAGGAGGAGGAGGAGGAGGAGGAGGAGGAGGAGGAGGAGGGUGUGGUUCUGCCCACCAUAAAGAGGGACACAUAGGAGAGUCGUUGCCCCAUGAG